AUGUCGAAUUCAACGCCAGACGUCGCCAUAAUCGGUGCCGGCUUGGGCGGGCUUGCCCUCGCACUGUCCCUACACGCCCACAAUAUCCCCUGUACUCUCUACGAGACCCGACCGGCACCUUCGGCCGAUGCGUCCAAGCAGAUCUCCUACUUCACCCCGAAUGGCGAUGGAGGCUACCUCGCUCUUGCGCCCAAUGCCUUGCGUGUGCUUGACCGACUCGGAGCGUAUGAGGGUGUUCGAGAUGGAGGCUUCAACUACGACGAGAUACACAUGCAGAGUGCUCGGAGUAUGAAACUGAUUGGGACCGUGAGAAGCCACGCAGAAGGCAAGGAAGGCUAUCGGAGCGUGAGGGUAGGUCGGGGCUUGGUGAGAAGGAUCCUGCUUGACAAGGCCGAGGAGCGCGGCGUGAAGAUUGUAUUUGGGGCAAAGCUGGUUGAUCUGAAAGAAACAAAGGACGGUGUCGACUUACAAUUUGGCGAUGAAACGUUGGUGACGGCCACGUUGGUCGUCGGUGCCGACGGCAUGCAUUCCAAAGUGCGUGAUGCCGUCGAGCCAGGCGCGACACCCAGGUAUUCCGGUCAAACUGGCGUUGGCGGCCCUGUCUCCACGAAGCAACUCGGCGAACUGAAGGAUGGACUGCACAUGCCUUGUAUGUUGCUAGGCCGAGGUAACUCGUUUGCCUUUAUGCCCUGCACGAACGAUGGUGGUACGGUUUCUGUCUUUGCCACGAUGCAGAUCCCCGAUCGAAGUCGCGAAGAGUGGGCUACGUUCAUGCACGACAAGGUGACGUUGAAGAAGUUGCUCACCGACAGACACUCUAAAGGAACCGAAUGGCCGCCGGCGGUGGUCAAGGCAUGCCAGGAAAUCGACCAAAACCAAAUAUCCGCUUGGCCAACCUACAGGCUACCUCCUUUGAGCAAGUACACAUCGGGAGGUGGAAGGGUGGUCAUCAUCGGAGAUGCCGCACACGGUAUCCCCCCUCAUGCCGGCCAAGGAGCAGGUAUGGCCUUUGAAGACGCCGCCACCCUCGCCGACAAGAUAGCUGCCGGCCGCGACGGCGGUCUCGAACCUUUGCUGGCGGAAUGGCAGGGACACCGAAUGGAACGCAUCAAGCGCGUGAUUGAUCUGACGGCUCAAUCAGGUGCAGCUCGUCGAGCAUCACCCACCGUCUUUCACCAGGUCAUCAAGGAAUGGCUCAUGGCUGCUUAUCUUUGGUGGAACGAUGGGGCCUCGGGCAUGGACUGGCUCUAUGGCUACGACACCAAGGCUCUUUGA